GAAUCCGAAGAGGGCCGAGCUUGGACGACGCCCCAGCUGGGAAACAGUUCGUGGGUUGCCUAUCAACCGCUCAUACACCGGCCCGACCCAUCACAGCCAUGCUAGGGCUUGUUGAGUAUCAGUGUCGUACAGAUGAGACACUAACUGAAUGAUGUACUAAUCCUCGGCAUUUUGUUUUUCCGAACACUAUUAAAUCGUUCUGAGGAAAUACCGAACUGGAAUUUUGAGAUUAUUACGGUUAUUUCGGAAUAUUAUUGAAGUAGCUAGCCGAGAGCUACUUUGGCUUUGACCACUGCGGCCAGGCAGAGUUUCAGUAUGCAGCUGUAUUGAGGAUGCUGGCUGUCUUAGCUUUGCUCAUGAUGGCUACGACCAGUGAAGCGGAGAUCUGCCAAGGCACUGAGAACUGCUCCAACCCCAAUGGCUCCAAGGACUUUUGCUAUUCGGCCCGGAUCCGCAGCACCGUGCUCCAGGGCCUGCCCUUCGGAGGAGUGCCCACCGUACUCGCCCUUGACUUCAUGUGCUUCUUGGUGCUGCUAUGUGUGUUCUCUGUUUUGAGGAAGGUGGCUUGGGAUUACGGGCGUCUUGCACUGGUCUCUGAUGCCGACAGCCGUAGGCGGAAUCAGCACUAUCAACGUCUGGACGAGCAGGAAUAUGUGGCCUCCGCCAUGCAGACGCCUGCUGACUCCCGAUACGAGCGUCUCACCUCUGUGUCCAGCUCGGUCGACUUUGACCAAAGGGACAACGGCUUCUGUUCCUGGCUAACCGCCAUCUUCAGGAUAAAAGAUGACGAGAUCAGGGAGAAGUGUGGGGAGGAUUCUGUGCACUACCUCUCAUUCCAGCGGCACAUCAUUGGUCUGUUGGUAGUGGUCGGCGUGCUCUCCGUGGGCAUCGUCCUGCCCGUCAACUUCUCAGGAGACCUAUUAGAAGAUAAUGCCUACAGUUUUGGGCGAACUACAAUAGCCAACUUAAAAUCUGGUAAUAACCUGCUGUGGCUGCACACUACGUUUGCCUUCUUCUAUCUGUUACUGACUGUGUACAGCAUGAGAAGACACACAUCAAAGAUGCACUACAAAGAGGACGACUUGGUGAAACGCACUUUAUUCAUUAACGGGAUCGCAAAAUAUGCAGAAGAGAGUCAAAUAAAGCAGCAUUUUGAGAAAGCAUAUGAAAACUGCAUGGUUCUGGAUGCUCGCAUUUGUUACGACGUUGCCAGGCUUAUGUCCCUGGAGUCUGAAAGGAAAAAGACAGAACGCAGCAAAAAGUUCUACACAGACCUGAUGGCCAAGGAGCACAUCCCCACUAUGAUUAACCCCAAACCCUGCGGCCACCUCUGCUGCUGCAUCAUCGCGGGCUGCGAGCAGGAAGAUGCUGUGAACUACUACACUAAGCUUGAGGGCAAACUGAAGGAAGAAUACAGAAAAGAACGAGAAAAAGUCAACACUAAACCUCUGGGAAUGGCUUUUGUUACCUUCCAGAAUGAAGCAACGACCGCCCUCAUCUUGAAAGAUUUUAACGCAUGUCAGUGUCAUGGCUGUCACUGUCGACGAGAGCCAAAGUGCUCCCCCUUCAGCAACCUCCUCAGCACGAACAACUGGACAGUCACAUACGCUCCAGAUCCACAGAAUGUUUACUGGGAGCAUUUGUCCAUUGGUGGCCUCAACUGGUGGCUCCGCUGCUUUGUCAUCAACUGCUUUCUCUUCCUCUUGCUCUUCUUCCUCACCACCCCUGCCAUCAUCAUCUCCACCAUGGACAAGUUCAAUGUCACCAAACCCGUGGAGUACCUGAACAACCCCAUCAUCACUCAGUUCUUCCCCACCCUGCUGUUGUGGUGCUUCUCGGCCCUUCUCCCCACCAUCGUCUACUACUCUGCCUUCUUUGAGGCCCACUGGACACGAUCUGGAGAGAACAGAACCACCAUGCACAAAUGCUACACCUUCCUCAUCUUUAUGGUUCUGCUGCUGCCAUCUCUGGGACUGAGCAGUUUGGAUGUUUUCUUCCGCUGGCUUUUUGACAAGAAAUUCCUCGACGAGGCAAAAGUCCGAUUCGAAUGCGUCUUCCUUCCAGAUAAUGGAGCUUUCUUUGUGAACUAUGUCAUCGCGUCUGCCUUCAUUGGUAAUGCCAUGGACCUGUUACGCAUUCCUUAUUUCCUUAUGUACAUGAUCCGGCUGUGUCUGGCACGUUCAGCUGCUGAGAGGCGCAACGUGAAGAAGCAUCAAGCUUAUGAGUUCCAGUUUGGAGCUGCUUAUGCCUGGAUGAUGAACGUGUUUACUGUGGUCAUGACCUACAGCAUCACCUGUCCAAUUAUUGUACCAUUUGGACUGAUGUACAUGCUACUGAAGCACCUGGUGGACAGGUAUAACAUGUAUUAUGCCUACCUGCCCUCCAAACUGGAUAAGAAAAUCCACUCUGGAGCUGUCAACCAGGUGGUGGCAGCACCCAUCCUCUGCCUCUUCUGGCUGCUCUUCUUCUCUACUGUCCGUACAGGUUUUGUUGCUCCAACAUCAAUGUUUACCUUUGUGGUUCUGAUCAUCACCAUCAUCAUUUGCCUCUCCCACGUCGUCUUCGGUCAUUUCAAAUACCUUAGUGCGCACAAUUACAAGAUCGACAUGGACGGUGUGGACAAUGGACGACCACCGGAUUCAUCUCCACCUGUCAAGUCUGUGCAGACGUACGUCGCCCAAGUGCUACAGGACCCAAACACAGACGAGACAGGAAGUGGCGAGGAUGAGGGGCAGGGAUCGUCGCAGGAUGAGGAGGUGGUGAAUGAAGGUGAUUUCCAAUCAGGAGAGGACAGCCUUAUUGAGAAUGAGGUGCACCAGUGACCCAGGCAGGGCCACGCCAUGUGCUGAACUUGGAGAAACUAGCAGGACUUCAACAUGACCAAACGGCGAUCCACUGCACCUCACUACACUUACUGAGCGUGUGAAUCCAUCACAGCUGACAGCUAAAACACUCAUUUAUCAUUGAGUCUUGGAGACAGGAUGGCCAAUUGUCAAGAAUAUGGAGUGGCUUGUGAUUGUACUCCAACUAUUAGAAACUAAGUUUCAUAAUUUUCUUUGCAUUGGUUACCCUGUUCGUACGGAGUUUCUUGCCGUUACAAGCGCAUGUCUAGUAAAUAAGACCAAAAUCAGUAAUGAUUAAUCAUAAUUUGCAAUUAAAAUUUGAAUUUGCCUGUUAUGAUGAAGUAAAACUGCUAUAGUGCUAUCUCAGGUGGGCAGGAAAAUUGUGUAUUAGGGUGGAUAUCACAAAGACGCAUAAAGGUCAGAUUUCACCUCCAAAUCUUUUGCAUAAAUAAAAUACUGAAAGAUUUCUUAGGAAAUGAGUUACAUAGGAUAACGGUCAACUAAACAGUUUGGUGAGAGUUAAAAGCAAAAAUAGAUGUAUAUAGUAACAGAUAGGUAUGAUUUAACCAAUCAGAAUCAAGUAUUUCAGACAGCCAUGUGAUUAUUUACAACAUUUGUUUUUAGAGCUUUAGCAACACCAUUUCUCCAUGUUAACCAUCUGUAGUACACAGAAAUACUAUCACAAAUAAUUAAUCAAAUUUUGUGAGAAAUCAUACGUAUUAGAAAUUCUUCUGGAAUUAACAACAGUAAUAAUGACAGUUAAUCUGAUUGUUUCUGAAAGUUUUGAGUUUUGGUUUAGAAACAAUGUUAUUUUCUUUGUCCCCGCUGAAAUGGCACUAUAGUACAAUAUGUUUGGAGAUGAGCAAAUUAAUUCACGCAACUUUUAUUCUUCUUUACCAAAGUGAAUGUACCAUAUUUAACAUAAAGACUAUUACUAGUCCCUCUGGUAUAAGGAAUUGUUGGAAAACCCAGGAUCGAAAAACUCACUCCAGCCUGCUGAAUUAACCGAUUGUGAGGAAAACAGCCGCCGAACACUAAUUGUCUCACCAUAUACUUGAACUGGAAAAGCCACUUUUAGACUGUCUUGACAGACUCCAGGCAAAUCACCAUCCCUGGAACUAUUCUCCUGUCCACCCUUACGUCCUCUGCACAUCCAGUGUUUAAAUGUAAACCUACGCAUUGCUAACACAUACUUGUGCUAUGCGUGGUAUGACGCUACUUUCUGAAUCAGGCAUCAAAUGGACCAAUUUUAAAUUGUGUUGCUCUACUGUGGAAUGUUCUGUCAAUAACUGAUACUGUAGCAAAAAUAACUUAAAACGCACAGCAGAUUCCCUAUGUGGACUUAAAUGUGGAAUUUGUGAAUGUGAAUAUUUUUCUUUUUUGUUAUGCAUGGGUAUGAAAUAAUGGUUUCAUCAGGUUUUGUGGAAUUUUUUUUUUUUCGUUUUAUUGCCAUUAACAAGUGAUGUACACAAUACCAUUUUUGAUCACUUACUCGUAAACACUGUAAAAAGUGCAUGGGAAACAUAAUCAGAAAUCCCUGAACAUCCUAAAAAUUUUGUUUAUGAUGAUAGCAAGAUCUCAUCGGGUCAUAUCAACACGUGUCCUAAAUAAGACCUUCUUUAGUGCGGUAGUGGUGUGUUCCUUUGCAAUUUUACAAGUGAACUGGAAAUAACAGACUCCUUUCCAUGGUUCGUCUUACCUGUGUGCUUUUACAAGCUUUUUCGCUGACACAGUUGUGAGCUUAUUUGACUGGACUUAUGCAUCAUUUAGUGGUUGAAGUCUGAAAAAAAAAAAAACACAAAAA